GAAGUCCCCAUAGCAACAACACAUGAGCCUGACAUUCAGCAGACAGAUAUGAUUAAAGUUACGAUAACAGGCGAUCAAAACACAGGAUCAUAGCAGAGGAAACAUGGCUAGUACCAUGGUGGCCGUGGGUAUUACCCUGGCAGCAGCAGGGUUUGCAGGUCGCUAUGCAAUGCAAGCCAUGAAGCAUAUGGAGCCGCAAGUGAAACAAGCUCUGGAAGCUUCCAAAUCGGCCUUUGGUAGUGGAUACUAUAGAGGCGGUUUUGAUCCAAAGAUGACCAGAAGAGAAGCUUCCCUUAUUCUUGGAGUCAGUCCUACUGCUAACAAAAACAAGAUCAGAGAAGCACACAGAAAACUGAUGAUUUUAAACCAUCCUGAUCGAGGUGGAUCACCAUAUCUGGCAACAAAAAUAAACGAGGCUAAAGAUUUACUUGAUGCACAACUGAAGAAAUAGAUCAUCUCUACAUGAAAUGGUUGAACGAGCCGUUUGAUGAACUUGAAUUCUUGCUUGAUAAUAAAAAAAAUAUAUAACU